UGGAUUAUACAAAAUCUUCUCUUAGAACUCCUCAGAUUUCAUUUCUUAUUUUACUGUAAAAGUCACUAAAUAGGGCCUCGGCGGGGCAAUUAAAGCAAAAUGGAAUCUUUUGGCGUGUAAUCUGUAAACAUCUGAGAGUUCCAUGGAUGACACCAGAACGCGUAAACCCUAAUGACCGUGCCCCUUACGUUGCUCCUUGAUGGAAACUGAGACGAAUGUUCGUUCGGCAACUGUGUCACACCUAUUACUUAUAUCAAACAAUAUGUCUGAUAGCCUGGAAAGAUAAGAAAUAUUUGAAGAAACUCUGCAAGGAGAAUAGGCAGUUUCAAGUUUCUAUUUGCAGAAGGGUUUAACCAUUUGUAGAAACCGCAACAAAUGGCCCCUUUUCAUUUAAUUCACAGUACUGAAUUGGAGGAGGGUUCCACAUAUAUUGUUCAAGGGAAAUUUCAAUUUUAUGGAGCGUUGAAUAAAUGUAUUGGUGAUCCGAAACGGCUUUUAAUAAAGAGCAAGAUGUCAGUUGUUGGGCUGCCAGGGAUGGGGGGUGCAGGUAAAACUGUUGUGCCACUGGAUCUCUGCAGUGAUAAUCACAUUAAAGGAUCCUUCAGCAACAGUUUGAUCUUCAUUACCGUCUCACAGGUCCCAAACCUAAAGAGAAUUUCAGAGACUACGUGGGAGAAGAUUGCUGGAAAGAAGAGGCAAGAAUUUCAGAAUUUGGAAGAUGGGCACAUGCAGCUGCAGCAGCCGAUUUUGAUGCUACCUAAGGCAACUCUUGCCAUUUUGGACGAUGUUUGGUCUAGAGUAAAUCUGGAAAAUCUGCUAUUUGAAGGGCUAGGAUACAAAUCAGUUGUGAAAACCAUAGACACUUCUACCAUCCCCACAACCCAGACUACCAGACUGUAUCAGUUGCCAUUGUUGUGCCGAAAGGAUGCACUGUCACUUUCCUGCUUCUGGGCCUUUCGACGGACAUCAAUUCCAUGCACUGUAGAUACAAAUCUUGUAAAAGAGGUGCACAUAGAAUGUGAUGGCUUGCCACUAGUUCUAAAGGUGAUUGGAAGCUCCUUAAACGAGGAACCUUAUGCAGUAUGGGAGAGGGCAAAAGACAAGAUUUCCAAGGAAGAAUACAUAUCAGAUUUUCAGAAAAAGGGGCUAGUUAGAUAUAUGGAGAUCAACAUUGAUUCCUUAGACCACAUUGCCAAAGAAUGCUUCCUAGACUUAGGCUUACUAGUAGAGGACAGGGUAAUCUCUGUCAAUGCACUAUUGGAUAUUUGGGUUUAUGCUUGGAAGCUACAGUGGCACAAUUCAUUUGUCAUCUUAUCAGAACCUGCAAGCACAGAUCAGUUGAAUUUGACUGGCACUACAGGGACCAGAGCAACAAUCUCACAUGGAAAUGUCUCGGAGCUAUACUUUUCUCAGCACAAUGUAAUGGGAGAAUUGCCCUUGUAUCUGAGAUACCAUGAUACUGUAGUACAAGGAAAGAGGUUUUUGAUGCCUAGGAAAGAGCAUACUUUGCUAGGAAAUUGCAAGUUGUAUAAUGAUAGAGCAUUUGAUGCUCAACAUCUCUCCAUUCACAGAGGCCUAAUGGAGGAAGGGCACUUGCUGAGAUGAAUUUCCAUGGCACAGAGGCUCUGUUGUUACGCUUUUUUGGGACAAGAUACUUUCUUCCCCCAUUUCUUAAAUCCAUGAUGAGUCUAAAAUUUGUCAUUAUAUUCAAUUACGGCGCCAAAAAGGCAGAAUAAAAGGUCUAGAUCUCUUCACUCAAUCAACUGAAGAGUGUCCGCUCAGAGAGCUUGAUUGCAACCCCUGUUCAAAAUCAUAGCAAAGCAGUGCAGAACUUGAGUUCAAUUUUGACGCUUAUGCAAAAGGCUUGAAUUUACAUCCACAUUGAACAAUGUCAAGUUUCGGGAUUUUAAACUGUAUCACUCCAGCAAUUGGAAGGAGGUGCUCCUUAGUUUCUAUUAUAUGCUUCUGUUCAGAUGUCGUCUAUUACCAACUGCCGCCUGAUUCAGAAGUUGUCUUGUGACCUUGGGAACCCUAGUUUUCUAAGAUUGUCAAGAUUAUCAGCAUUGUCAGGGCUAAAAGAACUUCCAACAUCAAUUGGAAAUUUGGACUGUUGGAAUGCCUAGAAAUUUCAUUAUGUGUAGGGUUGAGAAACUUCCAGAGGAAGUAGGGCAAUUAAAGGAACUUAGAAAAUUUUGAUAUGGGAGAAUAUUGUCAAGGUUAUCUAGAGCUAUAUGUGAACCGAGUUUUCCGAAGUUUUGUUAUCUGUGAUUGGAAAAUUGGGAGGCAAUGGUUCCAGGCCAAGAACAGUUCUUUUGUGGAGCUUGGAUUAGAAAUUGUGGAAGUACACUUAGUUAGAAUUGGCUUGAUGAUCGACUUCUCUUUUUACUAUUGUCGUUUUGUGUUAUUGGACCUUGUCAUCAUCUAAGCGUCUAUCUAAAAGCAUCAUGACUAUAUGCUUCCAUGUUGUGCAUUUGAUCCUAUCCACCCUUUCCUGAUUUCUGAUCUAAGAAAUCUUCAGUCAGAUCUCCUGUGUGUGAAAAGAUGCAAAAUUCCAUAAAAUGUCCAGGUUUGGGCUAUUUUUGAUAUUUUCCUCUGUGGGUAUUAAGGACCCAAGAGUUCUCAUUCAACACAAUGUUCCAACUGAUUAUUUUCUUUUCUUUUUGCAAUAGAUUUGUUAUUCUUUAAAGUGGAAAAAAAGUUGCUUAAGCCUUGCAAUAAAUGAAAGGAUUGAUAUUUUGCUUC